CUCAAACAGGCUCGUAAUGGAAGGGGAAUUGGAGGAUUUUAGUGGUAGUAAUUGUCAUUUUUUCUUCGGAAGGACCAUACGGCCCAUAGUGACAUUGGUCAAACCAAGCCGUUUUUUAAUCCAUUUCACCCCAAAUUGCAACUCUUCCUUCCUCAUCCACUGAGAACCGAUACUCUCCCGCAUCUUCGCCAUGAGUUUUCCGGCGGUAUGCCGCGGUGAUGCCGUUCCUGUAUUGCGGCGCAGCUCUUGCUUUCAUUUCUCCUUCCAGCCUAUGCUUCUGCCUUGUUCCGCAGUUUCUCGGCGGAAGCCCAUUGAUUUUCCGACUAGACGCUCGAUUAGGAUUAGGUUCAAUGUGAAGCGAGGUGAUUUUUUCAGAUGUAGUGCGACAGAGACCGGCCCUGAUAAAAAUGAAAACGAGGAAAAGAAGCUGCAUGAAGAAGAAGCCAGCUUGGGCUCAACCGAUUCACUUUCAUCAAAUGAUUCUCAGCCAAGCUCUUCUUCUGAUCAAGAUGAUAUUGAAAAUCCAGUUGCAAGCGGAUCUCCUCUGCCAGGUCUGAAGCCACAGAAUCUUGAUGAAGCUAUAAAGAUUCCAAAGGAAACUAUUGAUAUUUUGAGGGAACAAGUAUUUGGGUUUGACACUUUUUUCGUGACAAGUCAGGAACCAUAUGAGGGUGGUGUUUUAUUUAAAGGGAAUAUACGAGGGCAGGCCGCAAGAAGUUAUGAAAAAAUAUCAACAAGAUUGCAGGACAGAUUUGGAGAUAUGUAUAAACUAUUUCUUUUGAUAAAUCCAGCGGAUGAUAAGCCUAUAGCAGUUGUGAUUCCAAAAAUAACCUUGCAACCUGAUAGAACUGCUGUCCCGGAAUGGGUUGCUGCGGGUGCUUUUGGACUUGUUACAUUAUUCACCCUGCUUCUUCGUAAUGUGCCUGCAUUGCAAGCAAACUUGUUGUCGGUUUUUGACAACUAUGACUUGUUGGUGAAUGGCCUUCCCGGAGCACUAGUAACUGCACUUAUUCUUGGUGUUCAUGAAAUUGGCCACAUCUUUGUCGCACAAAAAGCUGGAGUUAAGCUGGGAAUACCUUAUUUUGUUCCUAGCUGGCAGAUAGGCUCAUUUGGCGCUAUAACAAGGAUAUUGAAUAUAGUACCGAAACGUGAAGAACUGUUGAAGGUUGCAGUUGCUGGGCCUUUGGCUGGAUUCUCAUUAGGCUUUAUUCUUUUUCUUUUGGGCUUCAUCAUACCACCUGCUGAUGGGAUAGGUGUUGUAGUGGAUCCCUCCGUGUUUCAUCAAUCAUUUCUAGCUGGUGGCGUAGCUAAGCUGCUUCUUGGAGAAGCAUUGAAGGAAGGCGUUCCCAUUACCUUAAAUCCACUUGUACUAUGGUCUUGGGCUGGACUUCUCAUCAAUGCCAUUAACUGUAUCCCAGCAGGAGACCUCGAUGGCGGAAGAAUCUCUUUCUCCAUAUGGGGUAGAAAGGCAUCAGCACGCCUCAGCGCUGUCUCCAUUGGGCUUCUUGGGAUAUCAUCAUUAUUCAGCGACGUAGCGUUUUACUGGGCCAUCCUAAUAUUCUUAUUACAGAGAGGCCCAGUUGCCCCGCUGUCCGAAGAAAUCUCAGAGCCCGACAACAAAUACAUUGCUCUCGGGAUCGCUGUCUUGCUAGUAGGUCUUCUAGUGUGCUUACCAUACCCCUUCCUUUUCAAUUCUGAUGUUGCUUUAAUGAGCUCUUCGGAUAUUCUGUAAUCUUAAUAAUAGUAAUAAGUAAUA